AAUUUCGAGCCUCUUAAAAGCUUAAAAGAUAAACCAAUGUAGUCAACGGCUAGGAUAGUUAAGAUACCAAACCCUAAUCUUCAUGGCUUCAUCAUUUUCACGAACAAGGCAAGACAACAACUAAACCGAACGUCUGAAACUCUAAAAUCCAUCUCUGAAUCUCUUGAUAGAUGCCACACAGUACAUUCCACAUUGACCCAACCGACCCAGAGUGGUGACUUUUGUUACCCAAACUUCACAAUUCUCUCUCUCUCGAUCUCUACCUACAGAGAUGUCUCUCGACGGAGCUGCAGCGGAUCGGGAGAAGGAGCGGCAGGCGGUGGGAGCCGGGAACGGGAGUGGGAUAAACGGAAACGGUAUCGUUGUUCAGACACACACGGCCCACAGGCUGCGCUUGAACCCGAGUCUGGACCACAAGCCCGACAGCUAUGAUGACCUGCAAUUGGACUUCAGCCCAUUGCUGUUUAGCUCUCUGGAGCGCUACCUCCCGCCCAGCGUCCUUCACUCCGUUCGUGACUCCAAGGUUCAGUAUAUGCGGGAAAUUCUCCUCAGGUACUCUCCUGAGGGGGAGCGAACUCGGGUGCAAAAGCACAGAGAGUACAGGCAGAAGAUCAUAUCUAACUAUCAGCCACUACACAAUGAGCUGUAUACGAUGCAUGCUGAAAAUUUCUUUCACCCCUCAUUUACAAGGGCGAUUAGUGAAAAUUCCGAAGAAAGUUUCCUGAAUAUAAUGGCACAACCUUCUCCUGGAGUUUUUACCUUUGAAAUGCUUCAGCCUCGUUUCUGUAAUAUGCUUUUGGCCGAGGUUGUGAUUGCUUAGGUAGAAAAUUUUGAAAAGUGGGUCCACGAAACGAAAUUCAGAAUUAUGAGGCCAAAUACAAUGAACAAGUUCGGUGCCGUUCUUGAUGACUUUGGCAUGGAAAACAUGCUUGACAAGCUCAUGGAGGAUUUCAUUCGCCCUAUUUCCAGAGUUUUCUUUUCAGAGGUUGGUGGGUCCACACUUGAUACCCACCAUGGUUUCGUGGUUGAGUAUGGAAUAGACAGAGAUGUUGACCUCGGUUUCCAUGUGGAUGAUUCAGAAGUCACAUUGAAUGUGUGUUUGGGUAAGCAAUUUUCGGGUGGAGAACUGUUCUUUCGCGGUGUGCGGUGUGAGAAACAUGUAAAUACAGAAACACAACCAGAGGAGACCUUUGACUAUUCCCAUGUUCCUGGACGAGCAGUUCUUCAUCGUGGUCGGCAUCGGCAUGGUGCUAGAGCCACAACAGCCGGCCAGAGAGUCAACUUAUUACUCUGGUGCAGGAGCUCUGUUUUUAGAGAGUUGAGGAAGUACCAGAAAGAUUUUUCUAGCUGGUGUUCUGAGUGCCAGCGUGAAAAGAAAGAAAGGCAACAACAGUCUGUAACUGCGAUUAAAUUGGAACUACUGAGAAGAGAAGGGGAGGCUGCUUUAUAGUUGAUUUGUGGGGCCUCUGCUCUAUUUAUCGUGUUGUUUUAAAGUCUUCUGUAAUAUAGGGCCAACCCUAUUAAUCAGGGCAUUUGCAGCAUUCUCAGUGGUGGUACUGGGGAUGCAGCACAUAUAUUUGUAGCUGUACAUUACAUGAAUACCAGGGCAUAUGCAGCAUUCUCAGUGGUGGUACUGGGGAUGGCAGCAUAUAUAUUUUCAGCUGUACAUUACAUGAAUUAGUGAUUAUGUCCAGUUUGCUAACACUUGAAAUUGAAUAACAACUUGCCAUUUUUCAUGGUAUGAUUUUGAUGGAUGACUAAUUUCUGAUCUCAAGAAAUGUGCUGAGGUUUCCAUUAACUGAUACUGAAUAUCAUUUCGGGUUUC